GUUAUCGCAGUGCGCUUUGGUUUGUCCGCUCGCGAAGAGUGCUCCUCCAAAGAGCCUAUUUUCGAUUUAUUUACGCAAAAAGUGUGUCUUUAGGUUAAUCAGUCGGAAUAUUGUUCGGAUUUUAUCCCCCGUUUUGUGCUAAUUGAGUGCCAGCGCCGAUUUCGAUCGAUUUUUGCCCAUCAUCAGGUUCGGCUCGCCAAAGGGCACGGGGGUGAAAAAUGGAGCUUAGCAGUCGAUUGUUUUUUUGCUAACUAGGCAACUCGUCGAUAAGGCUUCCCUCAACGACUACGAUGUAAAUUCACCGACAACCCGUGCAGAUCGCCCCAAUUUUCAUAAACGAGCGGAAUGGUCUUAGGAUGCACAUCACUGUGGACCGCACCGCAGAUACUAUGGAGCCUCAUCUAUGUAAUAUGUGGAUCCUUCCAGUUGAUGGCAGCGAUUUUCUUCCUCAUUUCUGUCAAAGAAUUGGCGUUGUAUGGCGUUGUUUUCGCCGGAUGCUGGAGCAUUAUGAUCGGGAUCACUGGCGGAAUGGUGACUUGCAUCGGAGCGCUAUCACGCAAAAGACAGGAAACACUUCUCUUCUUAGCUGCCUCCAUUCUUGCUGUUAACAUUAUCGCCGUUUUACUCACCGAGUGGAAGUUGUACUUCCUCGACAUGCCAAAGCUGCUUAGUACUUACACCAACCAUAUGCUUAUAGACUGUGCUCUAUUCGUCGUGAGAAUUUCCAUAUCAACGGUAAUAGUGGUUGCUUUUCUGGACAGCCAAUUCGCCUACUGUUCGGCCCAAUCGCUUCCGAAACGAAGAAGGCGCAUCUUCAAGCGGGCCAAUCAUUCACCAGAUUCUGUCCCGGAUAUCGAAUACAUCAUUCCUAGGCCCAAACCGCCAUCAAAAUCGUCCAAACCGCACCAAAUCUACGACGCCUAUGCCCAAAGCUGGGUUUUCGACGCCGAAAAUCCGGGAACCUCGAAUGGCUUAUCGCCGUCCAGCGGUUCGCCCUAUUUGAAAAUCCUGCAAAACGGCACCCCGAAAAACCCACAGGCACGACCCAAUGGUCUGCAACACGCACCCACCGUCAAAGAGGUUACCCUGCUCAUAGAUAAUCCGGUCGUCCAUGUGGAAGAAGCCUCGGAUGACAACACGAGCAACAGCGACCGGAAGCUCUGCCACAUGAAGAGCUUCUCCCGAUCGGCUUCGCCAGUGGUUUUAUCGGCCAGUUCCAGUCAACUUAGUCUAAACAAUUACAACCCCGCACCAGCGAAUCCUCCUAUUUACCAGUACUUGGAAAAGCUGACCGAGCCCGAGAUCUACCGAUCGCGGCUCAACACCGCAGUGAGCAACAAAAGCGAGGAAGAAGAGUCGCUCCAAGCACCGCAAACAGCUCCGAUGAGGCGAGUGGAGGCGGUGAGCCCUCAAGUGGUGGAACCAGUUCGAUAUGCUUCGCUGAUGAAGGAGCUGCAAAAGGCCAUCGUGAGCAAAAAAGAGCCGCCCAGCGUCACUUCGCCUGUGAGCAACAGCGAGAGUCAAAGCCAGUCGAAGAGCAGCGACACGGAGUUCUCCAAGGAGCUGGAAGCAGCUUUGCAGCUAAUUCAAGAUUUGGAGAGCCCAGUGACUGCGGAGACGCCUUCGGACCCCCCCAUGAGCAGGCCGCUGGCAGUCUGGCGCAAAAACAGCGACCCGAGCGGCAGCGAAAAAACGCUGAGCGCUGUCGGCUCGAUGGGAGAGAUCGGCUCUCCCCUCACUGAGAUGGUGGUGCCUCCGGAUCGCUCUCCCAGCUCUUUGGGUAAGGGUGCUCGGGUCUUAGUGCGCUACCCCGAGUCGCAAAGCACGUCGGGCUAUAGUUCACCCUCGCAUGGACCCACCCCUAACUGGUCAACCACCUCAUCCAUCAACGGAAGCAACCACGAACCCUCGAAACCGGUGUCAUACCAUAUUCACAAUGCCAAAUCGACCACGGUGAUUUCGUUGUAUUCGCAGCCAACCGCUCAGUCCAAGAGCAAGUCAGUCACUCUAGUCAAGAUCACGGGAGAACCGGAUCCCUUGGACAAUUCCAGAACCAUUCCAGAAACGCCCAUUUUCAGCUCGAGCUUAAUCUCCAACAUCAAUUGCUCUAAGUCGUUUCCUUUCGUUGAUACGUCCAGCAUCCCUCAACCGACAUCACUUCCCAACAUCCACUCCCUCCAAAACACUACCUCAUCGUUGCACUUGGUGGACAAGCCAGCCGAUAGCAACAACUCGGGGAUUUGGAACGUAAGAUCGCUCUUGCGCAAGAAGAAACACCAUCUGGUUCCUCGGCUGUGUCCCGAGUUGGAAGGCGCUAUCAUUAAGUCUGAGAGUUUAGCGUAUCUUUCCGAAGUGGAGCUGAUGGCAAGGGCGCGCCGGAACGAGGAAAUUCAACGGCAAAUUGAACAAAGAGUGAGCCAACAGUUGGGAGUGCCACGCACAGACUCGGAGUCAAAUUGCUAGUUUCGAAGCGAAAGAGGUGAAAAGCUCUGCUCUGACUGAGCCAACGAAGAACAACGUAGAUAUUGUGAUAAGUUUAGCAGUGUAUGAAUGGUACUGAUGCUCUAGUUAAUGAAAAAAACACGUUUUCCGUAUCAAAUAAUUGGCCCUUGCAUUAAACAGUUUAAAAAGAAAAUUGUUCAUUUGAGUCAUUACACAAUGCAAAUCGUUACCAGAACUGUUAGCUAACAAUAUUAAAUUUCUGAUAAAAUCCCCCAUUCCAAUUGGUCAACAGUAUACGUAGUCCAUUUCCUAUACGUCCAAAUUUAGGCCCCAUUGAAUUGAUAGAAAUAGGUCAAUUUAUUUUUUGUAUAUUUAUAAUUGGAUUGUAAAUAUUGUUAUUCUAGUGAUAUAGUCUAUAUUCAAAUUAUUCUAUCAUGUAUAUAUUUAUGGAAAUUGAUUAUUGAACACACUUUUUAUAAAAUUAAACAUUCCUGAUUAUUGAAUAUUAAAA